AAAGAUGCCGUGAUUCCGCUAUAAAAAGCACAUAAAAUAUAGUGAAGGAAAAGGUCAUCUCUGUCACCUUUUCAGUCUCCGAUCAGCCCAUUGUCUUCUCCGUCGCCAUUUUUACGGCAGCCUAUUGGUUUUCAUCAUGAAGGCACUCAUCCUUGUAGGAGGUUUUGGAACAAGGCUGAGGCCACUGACCCUCAGCGUGCCAAAGCCGCUAGUUGACUUUGCUAACAAGCCCAUGAUACUUCAUCAGAUUGAAGCACUAAAAGCUAUUGGAGUGACCGAAGUAGUUUUGGCAAUUAACUAUCAGCCAAAGAUAAUGCAAAACUUCCUGAAAGAGUUCGAAAAAAAGUUAGAUAUCAAGAUCACUUGCUCACAAGAGACGGAGCCUUUAGGCACAGCAGGGCCACUGGCUUUAGCUCGUGAUAUAUUGAGAGAUGACUCUGGUGAACCCUUUUUCGUCCUCAAUAGUGAUGUUAUAUGUGACUAUCCAUUGAAAGAAAUGAUUUUGUUUCAUAAGUCCCACGGCGGAGAAGCUUCCAUUAUGGUGACGAAGGUUGAUGAACCAUCAAAAUAUGGUGUAGUGGUCAUGGAAGAAGCGACUGGGAGAGUUGAAAAGUUUGUAGAAAAACCAAAGGUGUUCGUGGGUAACAAGAUCAAUGCUGGAAUCUACUUGUUGAACCCUUCUGUUUUGGACCGGAUUCAGUUGAGACCCACCUCAAUCGAGAAGGAAGUCUUUCCCAGCAUUGCAGCAGAGAAGCAGCUCCAUGCCAUGGUCCUCCCUGGCUUUUGGAUGGACAUUGGUCAGCCAAGGGAUUACAUAACAGGCUUGAGAUUAUACCUAGAUUCCUUGCGGAAAAUUUCCUCUCCUGAUCUGGCUGUUGGACACCAUAUUCUUGGAAAUGUUUUAAUAGACGAGAGUGCUGUAAUAGGAGAUGGAUGUCUUAUCGGUCCAGAUGUGGCUAUUGGCCCUGGAUGUGUUAUUGAAUCAGGAGUUAGACUUUCACGUUGUAGUAUAAUGCGUGGUGUACGAGUUAAGAACCAUGCUUGUAUCUCAAGUAGCAUUGUUGGAUGGCACUCAACUGUUGGGAGGUGGGCUCGGGUAGAGAACAUGUCAAUCUUGGGAGAAGAUGUUCAUGUUGGCGACGAAGUUUAUAGCAACGGUGGUGUUGUUCUACCCCAUAAAGAGAUAAAAUCCAGCAUUCUGGAGCCAGAGAUUGUCAUGUGAGUAUAAAUGUGGUACUUUUUGGAAAUUAAAGAUCUGUUCCAGAGAAUGUUCUUUUGUUAUGUGUCAUUUCAGUCCAUCAAGGAUUGCACUGUUUCCUAUGAUCACAUUGAUGAGUUUUCUUAGUUAAUGAAAAGCUACCCUUAAUGUAA